CUGAUAUUUCCCGAGUGACACUUUCAAUCGUUGCGCUCUUUUACCUUUUUGAGCCUCUUCGCUCUCUGUAGAAGAAGCUGAUUGGCCAGCUGUUUGUUGACAUCCAAUCACACCACGUAUCUGCUCGUGCACAUAGGCUGGUGUUUGUCAGCGGGGUCGGACGAUGGGCUGCACCGGGUAGAGAGCUUUCAUAACCGGGUUUACACUUUAUUCGGGUCCCGUUUUCAGCUGCAGACGUUAAAGGCUCCGGUGAGACAUGGAGAGAGUUGUCCUCGUGACCGGCGCGAACAGCGGCAUCGGCCUGGCUCUGUGUGAAAGGCUGCUGACUGAGGACAGCCGGCUUCGGCUGUGUCUGGCCUGCAGAAACAUGCAGCGGGCUGAGGCUGCCCGCUCCGCCCUCCUGACCUCUCACACAAACGCCCGUGUGGAUUUACUGCACCUGGAUGUGGGCUCUGUGCAGUCAGUGCUCACCGCUGCUCAGGAGCUCAAGGCCAGGUACAACAGAAUUGACUUUCUGUAUCUAAAUGCGGGAAUUAUGCCGAAUCCACAAGUGGAUGUCAAAGCUUUUUUCAAGGGUCUGUUCUCCAGGAAUGUCAUCAACAUGUUUGCAACAGCAGAGGGUCUCUUGACUCAACAGGACCGCCUCAACUCAGACGGCCUGCAGGAAGUUUUUGCCACCAACCUCUUCGGUCAUUUUCUCCUGAUCAGGGAGCUGGAGCCUCUUCUGUGUUCAGAAGGCCACACGUCCAGGAUAGUGUGGACCUCCUCCAGUAACGCCCGCCGCUCUGCCUUCAGCAUCGAGGACAUGCAGCACAGAAAUGGGACGGAGCCCUACAGCUCCUCCAAGUAUGCAUCGGACAUGCUCAGUCUGGCUCUCAACAGACACAAGAACAAACUGGGGCUGUUCUCCUCUGUAAUAUGUCCAGGACUGGUGAUGACUAAUCUGACGUAUGGUAUCCUCCCCUCCUUCUUCUGGACCCUCAUCAUGCCCAUCAUGUGGCUGAUUAGGAUCUUCACCAACACAUUCACACUCACGCCAUACAACGGAGCAGAGGCGCUGCACUGGUUGUUUCUUCAAAAGCCCGAGUCUCUUGAUCCAAGAGCAAAGUAUCACAGUUUAACAUCAGGACUCGGACGAAACUACACUCAGCCUCGACAGAUGGACAUCGAUGAAGGAACGUCUGAGGUCUUCUAUACAGAACUUCUUGAACUUGAGAAGGUAGUCAGAAGGAAACUGAGUGAGAGAAAUGCUGAAACGGCAGCUCACAGACAGUACCUCAGUGAGGUGGAGUAGAAGUCAGAAGUCUUUUGUGAAGAUGGAUUUGCUCCUACGAAAUGGACCGUGUAUAAUUGGUUAUGACGAACAAUAAAAGUGCCCUUAUUCUUUUAAA